ACCGGACGUCGGACCGCCCACCAGAGAGAAGACAAAAACAAUCGGCAUCUCUUACACAGUACAAUAUAAACAGGAGGACCUAAACAGAAUUUAGAAAAUAUACACCCUUUUUCACUGACACUGACACCACAGAGGGAGACAUGGUUUCUCCAGUAACAGUGGUCAAGAGUGAAGGCCCUAAGCUGGUGCCAUUCUUCAAGGCAACCUGUGUGUACUUUGUCCUGUGGCUGCCCACCUCAAGCCCAUCCUGGUUCAGCGCCCUGAUCAAAUGUCUGCCCAUCUUUUGCCUGUGGGUCUUUUUACUGGCGCACGGCUUCAGCUUCCUAGGUGCUCACUCCAGUGCCCGCAAGAUCUUGGCUGGCCUCAUCUUUUCUGCUCUGGGUGAUGCCUUUCUCAUCUGGCAGGAGCAGGGCUACUUCAUCCACGGCCUUCUGAUGUUUGCCAUCACCCACAUCCUCUACUCAUCCGCCUUUGGGAUGAAACCCCUCAACGUGCGUGCGGGCCUUGUGAUCACUGCUGUGUCCUCUCUGAGCUACAUGCUGCUGUACCCCUACCUGUCAGGCCCCUUCACCUACCUGGUGGCGGUGUACAUCGCUCUGAUCGGCUUCAUGGGCUGGAGGGCCAUCGCAGGCCUGCAGCUGGCCAAUGACCUGUGGACCUGGACCAAGCUGUCCGCCUGCCUGGGCGCCGUGCUCUUCAUGGUCUCUGACCUCACCAUCGCCGUCAACAAGUUCUGCUUCCCCGUGCCCCACUCACGCGCCAUCAUCAUGGCCACCUACUACGCUGCGCAGAUGCUGAUAGCGCUGUCGGCCGUCGAGUGCCAGGAUGUGGAGGUGGCCAGGAAGAGAACAUGAGGUGCCGCAGUCUCCACAGCGACGGGCCACAAGGCCGGGAAGGUGGCACCCGAUCCCCCUUCAGCCCCAAGUGAUCAUGGACACAUCUCACUGCCAGAUCCCCAACCCUUAGCCCUCAUCUCAGUGUGGCGCUCCCACACCGUUGUUACCAUGGCGACUGGUCCACUACAGCCUUCACGUGGCUAUCACCCUACUACCCCACUAGUAUGGUAGUCUCACAACUGUCUUCUUACCAUGAAGAUACAGUAGUAUUAUCUUCAGCCUCUCCCGACAACAGUCCUACCUGCCUCCUACGAUUCUAGAAUGGCUGUCUCUUAACCUAGUUACCAUGGAGACAAGUGUAGUAAUAUUAACCUGCUAUAUAUAGAAAGUAUUAUUUUACUUUUAACUGUUUUAAUUUAAGGGGAGCAUGUCACUGGGGACCUUCAAGGAGUGUGUGUGAGAGAGCAAUUUUAAUGUGUGUGUGUGUGUGUGUGUGUGUGUGUGUGUGUGCACGUGUGUGUGCGUGCAUUUAUGUGUGUUUGAUUAACACUCUUACCUCGCUUUCCACACAGUCCCAUCGCACACUGACAAUACACACUUUUAUGUGGUCCAAUAGUACAAUUUAACAUCUUAUUUUUGUCAUUUGUUUUGUUGCCUGCUAUCUUCUUAAAAAGGGAGUUGUUGUUUUUUUUUAACUGACUUGCUUAUGUUCAGUCUCUUUCCCUGAAUUAAGGGUGCUAUUCUUAAAGUCAGGGGCAUAUCCACACCUGUUUUAUUAUACUGCAGUCCUUUCCAUUUCAUUCACGAAAACCACACUGUCUUUGUUUGCUCCCUAUAUUUAACAUUUUUAACAAAUCUACACCCAGUCUCUCUGCAUGAAUUAUUUUCCCAUAAAGAUGACCUUGAAUAACCAGAUGUGCAGGAGAAGAAUAACAGAGACAAAAUAAGGCAGUGAGAUGAAAAUGCAGGGAGGGAGAGUUGUGUGACUGCAGCAACCACUGUGUAUUGUAGCUUUAGUUGGAGUUAGAGGCGGUGGAGGUUGUUUGUGGAAGCGUGAUUCUUCCUGCUGAGAUUGUAUUGACACUGUCCUGCUGUCACAAAGAGAACACAGUAAACAUUGCAGCCAUAGACAACAACUGAACACAUCAUAACAGGCUGUACGGUGCACCUGCUUCUCCUUUUAGCAUUAAGUCUUUCAGGCAUUUUACAGUGUUCUGCCUGCCAGCAGAUUUUUUUGUUUGUUUUUUUUUUUUUCAAGAAAUGUUGGCUCAAAUGUCGACAUGUUCACACACCUGACACCUACAGCUCCUGCUGGUUUAGUUAUUAGGAAAAGUUCAUGGGGUUCUUACUGCUGGACUUGAUCAGCCGACCUAUGUUGUCAUUGGCCUGUGACCAUGUUAUGGAGACUGAAAAGAAAGGGCUAUGUUACAAGGUGAAAUCUUUUUGUUAAUCAACUCUGUGUGUGUGUGUGUGUGUGUGUGUGUGUGUGUGUGUGUGUGUGUGUGUGUCUGUGUCGUCCUCAAGAGGGCACAAACCCACUCAUAACAACACACACAAACAUGCACAUUGCCCUGGGGCAGCCUGACCGCAAGACAAAAAAAAAGGGACAUGAGUGGGGAACUGACUUGUCAUGUGAGGGAAUAGUUAUCCCAUUAUUCCCAAUAAUUCCAUCUCACAGGACACUUCAUCAGCUUUAAUCCUGCAAAAUCUGCCUCAGGUAAUCCCCGACGGGCCGACUGAUAUUUUACUUUUCAUCUAUCGCACAUUUUCCCCUCUCACCUUUCGACUGUAUCGGCCUCUGCAAACAUUUUAUGUGAAGUGAAGUGUCUUACUGAAUAGUUAAGAGGUAUGCUGUACCUCUUCAUGCAGAUGUCUACAUGUUGCAUACGCAUGUUUUCAGUGUGCAUGUGUGAGAGCGUAUGUAUUGCUUUUGUCUUAGGUAUCGAGUGAUCGUUUGUGUGUUCUCACGACCAGUCAAAACCAACUCAAGGCCAGAAAUGCUGUGAACCACCAUAGUUUAUAAUGAGUAGACACACUACUGGAUAUCUUUAAUAUUCUCACAAGGCUCUUAAACCUGUCUUCACACCCAUCACCUCUUAUAUGUGUUUUAUAGCAUCCACAGAGUACUUAUGUGUAGUCAUUUAAGGAUGACUUUAAGUUACUUGAUUGGGUAGAUUCAAACUGGGAGAUAUCCAUUCUUCACGUUUCAUUGGACCUAAACAGUGAGCAUGCCUCCUCUUGACUGUACCCUUACAGACUGCAAGUAUUUGUCACUGAUUAAUACCACUAACAGUUUAUAUAUUGGAAAGAAAAUCAAUUAGAAAUGUACAAUAGCAAUUUAAAGUGUUACUAACAAAAAAAAUAACAAAGGGACAGUCACGUGUGAUAUAUCAUUGAACCCAUGUUAUGGGUUGAUAACACACCCACAUACGCACAAAAAAACACACACAAAAAAAAAAAAAUGUGUUUUUACAUCACAUCAGUCACCAUGAUGGAUCUGCAGGCAGACCAUGGUGUUGACACUCAUCAAGGUUUUUCUUUUUUCUUUUUUUUCCCCAAACAUUAACACAGUCUUAGUUUGACCUGGAAAGACUCUCAGACCAAGUGGUUUAUUCUUGACUGCCACUUUACCCGAUAGUUCCUCAAUCUCCUUUUGGCCUGUCAGCAUGCAUGUCAGCGCGAUAUUUCUGCUUUGUCAGUGUUUCAUCAGUCCGUCUGUGUGACCACUCGUCUUCUGUUCCAUAUUUUAAUUUGUCCUCCUGGCAUCGCGGCAAAGUCCCGCUCUCCUCAGUACGCUCCCUCUCCUCAUCUCGUCCCCCCCUCGGCAGCAGAAAACAGGUUCUGUCAGCAAUUAAUAUACGCCUUUGUGCUGAAAGACGUCCACAGAGGCUUGCUAGCGGACAUGUGUUUGUCUGUUUAUUCUUAAAUCAGGCUUUAGUGGAGUACCAGACAGAGAUGUCAGUUAACAUGAUUGACUCUAUUAUGCAGCCUGAAGUAAAACCACGAGGGGAUGACGAGAUUGAGUCAAGCAGUCUUACUCAUCCUUACUAUGUGGACAAUUUAUGUAAGCAUUACUUUCUUUGUCCUCUGCCACAUAAAACCUCCUGACUUUUGCUCCAGUGGUCUCAUGGCUACACGCCAACAGGCUUUACUUCAAAGUAUUUCUGAGAUUAUUUUUGCUGGCCAGCCCACACUUUGGAAAAUCUCCAUGACUUUGUAAAGUGAAGUUGCUUUUCUGAAAGUGAUAGAUGAGUGGUGGCCUGUAAAGCAAGAAAUCAAGUCAGAAAGCUGACAGCUGUUACGCCCCUGUGGAGGAUUUUGUUUUAAAUUUUCUCUUUGUUUCUUUUCCAUUGUUUCUAUUCUCAAUUGACUUGGGCACAGGUACCCAAAGUUGAAAGCAUAAUAGAAAACUCGACUCAUCUCACUGAGUGGAAGUUGUUAGCAUUAGAGCCCUCUCAUGUAUCAAACAAGAUUUUGUUGUGCAGGAGACAGAGGUCCCCCCCUCAUUGGUGCAAGAGGGUUUUUGGCCUUCCACUUAGGAAGGAGGUUAUUGUCGAGCAAUACUGUAGCUGGAAUUAGGUGAGGAGGUGAAAUAUGACACACGGGGGGAAGACUGCCUUUCCAUCCGGUUCGUUAGCUGCCAUCCUGUUCCCCCCCUUACAGAUGGCAGGCCAGCAGGCGCAUCACUUUACCCCAGCCUGUCAACAACCCUGUUGUUCUGAGCUUUGUGGGUGCAGACAAAAGGGACCUGAGAGAGCUGUGGGAGGCCAGUAUGGUUUGGCCUGCGCUGCGAGUAAUGAGCUGUUGUAGUGGAGAGGGCCCGUGGUUUCACUUGGUCCUCUGAAUAAGCUGGCACUUUUCUUUGAUUUUAAAGUUUUCUCUCUCUUUUCUUUUUGCUGUUAUUUCUUGUUGAUCUUUGAUUUGAAACAUUUUGCUGUUAAUGUGCUGUGCCCAUUAUCAUGCAGCUGCUGACAUCCAGAACAUAGAGCUGUAAAGUUUGUAUUACCUUACUUGUGCAUGACAAGUAGGUUGAAAUGAAUCCUCCACAUCAACUCUUAUCUGCGGUGAUGGAAAAGUGCACACUGUACACCCAGGACCCACAGUCCUCCAACAUCAGUAUGAGCUUAUGAAGCAUGUAAAAUACCCAUCUUUGUAAUAUUAAUCUGAAUCCACUGUGUGCUGCACUUUUCUGUCCCCAGAGUAAGGCCAGUCAAUCUCUCCUUAAAGCUAGCAGCUAUAGUGUUUAAAACAAAAGGAUUGUUAUGUACUGUAUUCAUUAAAGUAUAUGCUCAUCAUUCCUUUAUUCUUUCUUUCUUUAAGAGAUAAAACAGAAGUUACAGUUUGAAGACAGUUUGGUUUUGAUGUUGAUGGUUUAAGCACAAGAAAAGUGACAGAUCAAUCAGCAUUUUUCUUGAAAUGGCAUUAAGUAAUUGCUCAUGAAGUGUUACAAACCUCUUAAGAAGUGUUAUUUGCAGAAAAGCAGCCCUUUUCUUCUUUGCCUGUCACUGUGGGAAAAAGGAUUUUUUUUUUUCCCCCAAAUGACUUUAGAUUUUUUUUUUCAUUGAGGGCCCAUUACAAUGCAUCAUUUGACUUCAUUUAAUGAACAAAUCUUUUUUAAUUCUCUUACAUACUUUACCUUGUUGUCCUUGAUUUUCACUUUGUGAUUUAUUUCUUUCAUGACUGUAGAGAUAAAAUAGUUUCUUUGCUGUAGUGAAACUGCUAUGAAUGUGAAUAUCUAUUGGAGAAAUAAAUGCAAUUACAAUGCAACUUCA